AUGGGGUCGUCUACAACAAAGCAUUUAUUAACUGAGGAUUUAAUUGAAGACUAUACGUCGUUAACUUAUUUAAAUAAGGGUGAAAUAUAUUAUUUAAUGAAGAAAUUCCAUUCCAUUGAUCCCGAGAAGGUGAACUCCAAUUUUUCACACCGAUUCAGUCAGGCGGACAUCGUUAAGAAAUUCGAUGUUUUAAAAACAAAUCCUUUUCAAGACAGAAUAUUUAAAGUGUUUUCUUCACAAAAUGACAACUGUUUCUCCUUUGAAGACCUAUUAGAUCUUUGCUCCGUCAUGAGCGCAGAUUGUCCCAGCGACGUGAAGGCUGCUUGGGCGUUUAGAAUUUUCGACAUAGAUGAGGAUAACCAAAUCAGCGCACAGGACAUAAGUAAGAUACUAGAUCGCCUGACUUGGGAUCCAGACAACCGCCAUCACUGCCUCGAUCAUCACUCCAAAGCUAAAAUUGCGAAGAUUAUUCUAGAAGAAAUCAAGUUGGACUUCAGCGGUGGCAUCGGUCUAUCUGAGUUUACGUUUAUUCUAUCAAGAAUACCGGAGUUUUCGUCCUCGUUCUACUUUAGAUUAUAA